UAUCACACUCCCCACAGAUAAACUUGUUCUCGUUAGCUGUUCAGUUUCUAUUUGCGUCCAUAAUUCUAAUCAUGAUUCCGGAAGCAGAUCAAGAGCAACUCCUUCAGAAUCUCCAGGUUUUCAAGAUCAAAGGCAAAGAUAAGAGUGGCCGUAAAAUCCUCCAAAUCUUCGGAAAGUUUUUCCCUGCGAGGAUUGUGAGCGUUGAGGUCGUGAAUAAGUUCCUUCGGGAGAAGAUUUUCCCGGACCUCGAGAACCGGCCGUUCGCGGUGCUGUACUUCCACACCGGCGUAGAGAAGAACGAGAAUUUCCUCGGAAUUUCGGCUCUGCGCUCACUUUACGACUCCAUUCCGGCCGCCGUUCGGCAGAAUCUCGAGGCCGUGUAUUUUGUCCAUCCCGGCCUUCAAUCUAGGCUCUACCUAGCCACCGUGGGCCGGAUCAUGUUCACCGGAGGAUUAUACGGCAAGCUGAGGUACGUAACUAGAUUGGCGUAUCUGUGGGAUCAUGUGAGGAGGAAUGCGGUUGAGAUCCCGGAGUAUGUUCACGAUCACGAUGCGGAUCUGGAGUACCGUCCGAUGAUGGACUACGGUUUCGAGACCGAUCACACGAGGGUGUACGGUGCACCCGCGCUGGAUUCCCCCGAUCCAAUGCAUUCAAUGAGAUGCAUCUCAUAGUCUCGCUUCUAUUCUCAACUACGACGUCGUAGUAGAAGGCCGAAGGCGAAGGGUUUCUGCCGUAUUAGAUGUCUCAUUUUCUUUUCAUUUUGUAUAUAUACAAUGCGAAAUAUUGUUGUAAUUUCUUCUCGCCACAUGGACGGCCUCUGGCUUUAAUGAAUUUCUCGAGUAAUUGAAAUUUAUGCGCUAAAUUUCAAGAAAAAUUUUAGA